CUAGUUUCUGGCAUUCUAUAGAUCUGUUAAGCUCAGUCUUACAUUGCAUUACACAUUGAGUGAGGAUGAAAAUCAUUUUUUUAUUUGUUAUUUUCUUUUCAAUAGAGGCAGCAAGCAACGACAAAAAGUGUAGACUUGAGGUUGCAGCAAAAUGUCUAAUGGAUAGACACAAAUUUAUUAAAGAUUACGGAACUGUUCUUCCAACAAACGAAAAAGAAUUGAUCGGACAAUGCAGGGCGUUAGAAGAACUAAGAAAUUGUUUAUACAACUUCAGUCAAAAUUGUCAAACUUCAAUGGAUAGAAUUGUUAUGGAAUUUUCUUUUUCUGGAACCGGAAAGAACAUGGAAGAUUUUUGUAAUCCGGACGAACAAUUUUAUAAAAAUUAUUUGCAAGAAGCAGAAUGCAUUAAAAAUAACAUUGGAGUCUGGUCAUCUUGCUUUAAAGAUAACUUGGCUUCUUAUGAAUACGCACUGGAAGACACUUCUGGAUCUAAAUUCCUCAUAUUUUGUUGUGGGUUACGCCGAUUGAGAAGUUGCGUAUCAGACAACUUUCAAAGUGCAUGCAGCAGUACAGUAGCAGAUUUAAUGAAAAUGCAGGUAGAAUUCGUCUUCUCAGAAUGGAUCGUUGAAAUGUGCUUGCUCUAUGCUGAAUCGGAAACAUGCCCAACUCUACCCACAGGAGACGAUUUAAAAAGAACGUAUAAACCAGGAUACUUUGCAAAUUACAUCGAAGCUUUUACUCAAAAUUAAAAUCUUCGAAGACCAAAAAUUUCAUUUUGACAAUUAGAAAACUUUUAAAUUGUUUUAAAGAUUUUCUAUUGGUGUAGUUACAUUAAUACUAGUAGUCGAUUAUUAAUUAUGCAUUAAAAUAUAUAGGCCAAUAUUUGCAACUAAGAUUUCAAUUUGAUAAUACUUCAAGGUUGAGGCAAUCAAAAUGUAAACAUUGUUUUUCAUUUCCCUGCAUAUUUUUCAAGUUUUUCAUAUUAGAUUUGCCAGUUUUGAAUAAAAUUUGUGUUUUUUAAAAAUCAAUUUAUAAACAGAAUUUUAUUGAAAACUAAAUUUCAUGUAAAAGUUUAGUUUUUUAUUUCUUGUUAGCAAACUAAACUUUGUUACCAAGAAAAAUUCAGUUUUCGCAAUCAAUUUUCAAGAAAUAAAUUUUAAAACUGAACUUUGAUUUUAUAAUUUAUGUCAAUUUCGAAUUUACAAAUGAAGUAUGUUAUUUUUAUAAUCUAAGAAGGAAUUUAAAUUAUAAUAAAUAAAGAAUUAAAAACAAGGUUUUUGAAACAGAUCCAAGAAAUUAUAAUAUCACUGCUAGUAUAAAUAUUAUUUUGUUGAGGUUUGCAGUGGAUUUACUAUUAUUCAUGUAUUUGUAUGAAUAAAAUUAUAUAAAACUUUAAAAA